AUGGCUUCUGACUUAAACUCCUCCAAGUUUCUUCCGAGUUAUUCGAUCAGAAACAUUUUGUGGGGCUUUCAAUUGGCGAUUCUCGGAACUUACUACUCAUUGAGAAAUCCAAAACUCUUCAAAGAACGCUACUAUGUCGAAGCUUGUCGGUCAAUCUUUUUUGCAAGGUAUUUACAUUUGUUUGUGCGGUCUCCCUCCGUGAUGAUCAAGAUCCUGGUUGUGUGUAUUGGAGUUUUUCUAGUUCUGGUGGGAAUCUUUAACCUAGAGUGUAUUGCCAAUGAUUUUCAGUUUUCACUUUUCUUGUCUGGGAGGGUGGUGAGUGUGUCUCAAAAUUUCACUAAAGACUUGAACGGGUUGUUUUUUGCUAGUCUUGAGUGGGUCGAUUCGAAUUAUCUAGUGAAACAUCCUGAAGAUACGCUUCACCAGUAUUACUGCAAGUUGGAGGCAUUAUCCACAGACAGAAUUACUGCUGGCAAAUCUGCAUUAUUCUUCAAGCAACACAUAAUCACGGCUCUCUUAAUUAUGAUUUUAUCAUGUUUUCCAUAUUUGCACUUGGUUGGCUCCAUUGUACUUGCUUUGAUCAUCUUUCUAGGUUUGAGGAGUAGAAUAGGUACAGUUCGAUCUUGUGUGAUAUCUUCUGUUCUCCUACUUCUCCCCAUAGAGCUCAUGAUGACGUUGUUAAUGUUAUAUUGUGGCAUCCGAAACUUGGUGCACGAUCUUUUGCUCCCUUACUUCUCCAGAGUAAAAUUUUCCAAGAUGGACAAAGAUCAAUGGAUCAAAUCUCGCGAGGGGCUCCUCUUAGGCUUUGGUAUGUGCUAUUACUUUGCGAUUUUUAAGUUCCCUUGGGUGGGUUUGCUAAUUUAUGGCCUUGCCCAAUCCUCCAUGGCGUACAUGAUCACAAAGAUUUCGGAACCUCCUCCAGAUCUGGCGCAACUUGUAAGCUGGACAGUAGAUCAGCUUGUAUGGAAAGAUAAUAAAACCUUGGACGACGGUGAGACCAGAAAUGAUGAAAAAUCUGCUUCGAGCACCGAGGAAGAAGAUAAGGUUGAUGAGCCUUAA